AUAUAUGUAUCGUUAUAUAUCUAAAGAAAAAUAGGACAAUUUGUGUAGAAUAUUUUUAUAUCUUUGUAAUAUUAUAUUAUCACUUUCUUAAACAAUAUAUAUGAAAUUACAAUGUUACUUUUCCUAAAUGAAUAUUUAAAAUAUUUUUUAUACAAAUAGAACAGCACCUGCGAAACUAGUUUAAAAAGUAAAAGUCAACAUUCCCUUUCACUACAAUAUUUUACAGAAUUUUCAUCGCUGCGAAUUACUGAGCGUACUUUCACUAACAGCAGUUGUAUUCACCACAUUGUUUACGCUUGCGAUAUUCAAAUUAUAAAAUUUCAAAUUACAAUUACAAGAACAAAUUUGAAAACCGUAACAUUUUAUAGCCGGCAUUUUAUAAUAAUUAUUAUUUAUUUAUAUUUAAUUAUUUACAUUUAAAUAUUAUAUUUAAAUAUUGUAAUAUACGGAUAAUAAUUUAUAUAUUAUUACAUAUAUAAAUAAUCAAAUAUAUUCUACCAUGACAUGUUAAAUGUAUAAACUAUUUUACAUUUAAAAUAUGUUUCACUGGAAAAAAAUUUUGCCAAUUACUUUACAUGGAUCUUUAAGACAAUUAUAUACUUCAAGACUUUUACAAAAAGCUGUUAUAAUAAAUGGUAAAGAAAUAGCUAAUGAAAUUCAAAAUGAAUUAAAAGCAACUGUUCAGAGUUGGAUAAAUAAUGAUAAAAGGAGGCCUAAAUUAGUAGCUAUAAAAGUUGGUAAUGAUCCAGCUAGUAAAGUAUAUGUUGAAAGAAAAAUAAAAGCAGCAAAUUUUAUUGGAAUUGAAAAUUAUACUAUCUACUUAGAGGAAAAUAGUUCACAGCAAGAUCUUCUUAAAGAAAUUGAUUAUUUAAAUAAAGAUAAAAAUGUAGAUGGGAUUCUUGUGCAACUACCACUACCAAAACACAUGAACGAACAUGAAGUGUGUCAAGCAAUUGUACCAAAUAAAGAUGUUGAUGGUUUCCAUUUACAAAACCUGGGUAGUUUAGCAUCAAAUAGUAAUGGGAUUAUUCCUGCAACUGCCUUAGCUGUGAAAGAAUUGAUAAUUAGAAGCAAUAUCGAAACUUUUGGGAAAAAUGCAGUGGUAGUAGGAAGAUCUAAACAUGUUGGAUUACCAAUUGCACUACUUUUACAUGCUGAUAGCAGAGAUGAAAUAGGAGCAUUAGAUAUGACUACAACAAUAUGUCAUCGUCAUACUCCUCACACUGAAUUAGAAAAACUUACGAAAUUGGCAGAUUUAAUUGUAGUUGCAGCUGGUAUUCCUGGUCUGAUCACUAAGGAAAUGGUAAAACCAGGAGCAUGUAUAAUUGAUGUAGGGAUUACAAGAAUAAAAAUAGAUAAUAAAUACAAAUUAAUAGGGGAUGUAGACUUUGAAAGCGUACAAGCAGUUGCUGGACAUAUAACUCCUGUACCAGGAGGUGUAGGUCCUAUGACUGUAGUAAUGUUGAUGAAAAAUACUAUUUUAGCAGCUAAAAAAAAUUGUGACAAUUUAAAAUCUCAAUAAUUUACAGUACAGUAUUGAUAAUUAUGCAAUGUAUUAUAUUUUCCUAUGGAUAUAAAAAAUAAUAAAAUUUUUUAUUUUUUAUUAUAU